AAAUUAUUUGAGCAACCUUUUACGAUAGUAGGGUCAGUAUGAGUGGGAGAGAUGCUGUCUACGUGCUGCUCCUCGCCGCAGUGCCCGCCCUCAUUCUUCUGCAUUUGGUCGUUGCGCCAUACACCAAGGUAGAAGAGUCUUUCCAUAUCCAAGCCGCUCAUGAUAUCCUGGCCUAUGGAAUCCCUACGCGCAAUGUCAGCGAGAGGUUUCGUGCCGAUUAUGAUCAUUUCACCUUUCCUGGUGCUGUUCCUCGGACAUUCGUCGGCGCCGCACUGCUGGCCGGUCUGGCGCGGCCAUUCAUUUGGUUGCAAGACAAUGUCGACAGACAAUUGCUUAUUAGAGCUAUUCUAGGUCUUUUCAAUGCCGUCUCGUUGCUGUCGUUUGCGAGGAGUCUGCGACGUACUGCCGGCAAGACAACCGCCGUCUGGUACCUUUUGUUUCAGAGCAGCCAAUUCCACGUUCUGUACUAUGCAUCGCGGACGCUCUCAAACAUGUUUGCAUUUGGCAUGACCACCCUAGCUCUACGCUACCUUCUUCAAGAGCCAUCAAUUUCUACCGCAGCGUAUAGAAGUCGCGCACGGCUCUCUCUGUGCUUGCUGACAGUCGCUGGUAUUAUCUUUCGAUCUGAGCUUGCCAUAUUCCUGGCCACCAACACCAUCUUCCUCCUCGUGACACGCCGCAUCAGCAUUCUCCGUGAGAUUAUCCCCGCCGGAAUUGUGGGCCUCGCCAUCGGUCUGACCACGACUGUCUUCGUGGAUUCCUUCUUCUGGCAGCGAUUUCCCCUGUGGCCCGAAUUUGAGGCAUUCAAGUUCAAUGUCAUCCACGGCCAAGCAUCAGCCUGGGGGGUCGACCCGUGGUACUUUUACUUCGUCAACGCCGUUCCUCGUCUGCUUCUCAACCCUUUGGCCUAUCUCGUCGGAAUUCCCACCUCGCUGGUGCAACCCGCCACCCGUUCUCUGGCAAUCUCACUACUCGUCCCCUCUCUCGUCUUCCUCGCCAUCUACAGCGCCCAGCCCCACAAAGAAUGGCGCUUCAUCAUCUACACCAUCCCUGCUCUGACCGCAGCCUGUGCCCCAGGCGCCUCAUACAUAUGGACACACCGCACCAAGUCCAUCAUCUACCACCUCCUCUCCCUCGCCCUGCUUGCUUCCACCCUGGCCUCCUUCGCAGUGUCUACUUUCGUCCUUCUCCCCGCCUCCUCUGCCAACUAUCCCGGUGCACACGCCCUCCACGCCCUCCACAACCACGCCAUCCCGCAUGUGGACAAGACCUCAAACGCAUCAGUCUAUCUUGGCAACCUCGCCUGCCAGACCGGCGUCACCCGCUUCCUCCAAUACCCUGCCACUCACUCCGGGCCUUCAGCCUGGAGUUACGACAAGACCGAAUCCCCUGUUGUGAAAUCUGAUCCUGCCUUCUGGUCCCAGUUCGACUACGCUCUCGUCGAGCCCGGCGAAGAGGCUGAGCUCGUCUUGUCUUCCUCCUCCGAAGCCGGGAAAUGGCAACCAAUCGAUGCAGUUUCUGGUUUCGCGGGACUUCGUGUCCUUCGGCCCGGCGAUGAGGCUGUUGGUAAUGUUGAAGGUAAUCUGCUGGCCUACGUCCUAGGGGACAAGGGAGUCGAGGUUUGGACGAAGGGCCGUGAACUCGCUCGGCGGCUGGUUACACGGGGAUGGUGGGCAGAGGUGAGGAUGGAAAAUAAGAUUCUGGUCCUCAAGAGGGCCAAGGUUGAGAAUGCUUGA